GUGUUUGGCUUGUUUGUCGGGGACAGCUUGUCCUGCUAUGAUGUGGCCCCUGAUUCUCAUUAGUUUUACAUCAUUUUUUGUACCUUCAUAUCAACAGUUUCCUCGCCAGUGUGCCAACCGGGAAUCUUUGCUCUCCAAGGAGUGCUGUCCGGCUUGGGAAGGGGACGCCUCCCCCUGUGGAGUCAGCUCGGGCCGGGGCUCAUGCCAGGAUGUGGAGGUGCCGGAUGAACCAGAUGGGCCGCAGUAUCCUUUCUCAGGGUUGGACGACAGGGAGAAGUGGCCCUUGGUUUUCUACAACCGGACUUGUCAGUGUCAAGGAAACUUCAUGGGUUUCAACUGUGCGGACUGUAGGUUUGGCUACUUUGGGGAGAACUGUACUCAGUGGAGGGCGUCUCUGAGGAGGAAUGUUUUCCACCUAUCCCAUGAUGAGAAGAUCAAACUGGUGUCCUACUUGAAUUUGGCCAAGCAGUCAGUCAGCAGGGACUAUGUUGUGGCCACAGCGACCUUCCAGGAGAUGGAAAAUGGCUCCAACCCAAUGUUUGCUGAUGUAUCUGUGUAUGAUGUGUUUGUGUGGCUGCAUUACUACGUGUCUCGGGAGGCUCUGUUGGGGGGGCCUGGAAAUGUAUGGAGUAAUGUGGACUUUGCCCACUGGGCCCCUGCAUUCCUCCCAUGGCACCGUCUGUACCUGCUCCUAUGGGAGCAUGAGAUCCGGAAGCUGACCGGGGACAUGACUUUCACCAUCCCGUACUGGGACUGGAGAGAUGCCGAGGCAUGUGAUGUGUGCACUGAUGAGCUGAUGGGAGGCCGGAACCCACAGGAUAUCAGUUUACUCAGCCCAGGAUCCGUCUUCUCUUCUUGGAGGGUCCUAUGCUCCCAAGCAGAGGAGUACAGUGACAGAGGCGUGUUGUGUGAUGUGAGCGAUGAAGGCCCGUUGCGUCGGAACCCUGGAAACCACAACCAUAACAUCGUUCCACGGUUACCAACUUCAGCAGAAGUGGCGUUCACUCUCAGUCUGAGCAACUAUGACACCGGAGCCCUGGACCGCAGCGCCAACAUGAGCUUCAGGAACACUCUGGAAGGAUUUGGGGAUCCUCAGACGGGGGUUGGAAACAGCCCUCGCUUGAACAUGCAUGCCGCACUCCAUAUUUUCAUGAACGGAUCCAUGUCCUCAGUGCAGGGCUCAGCGAAUGACCCCAUAUUCCUGCUGCACCAUGCUUACGUUGACAGCAUUUUUGAGGAGUGGCUCCGGAGGCAUAACCCAUCUCAAUCACAGUACCCAGAAUCCAAUGCUCCCAUAGGGCACAAUGCCAGAUAUCACAUGGUGCCCUUCCUGCCGCUCCGCAGAAACAGAGACUACUUCAUUUCAACCAAAGAGCUGGGAUAUGAAUAUUCAAAUCUGCUCAAUUCAAACCAGUGGAUAGCAGAAGCCAUGCGUCCGUACCUGGAUGAGCUGAAGAACGUGUGGCCCUGGCUGCUCUUUGCCGGGGUCAUUGGAGGAAUUUUGGCAGUGUCUCUUGUUGCUGCUUUCCUUAAAGUAAAACAGCGAUACCAAGACUCGCCUUGGCAACAAUUGGGAGGUUGGAAAAACCCCUUUUCACACUUAACUGCAUACUUUUGUAAAGUCUUCCGGAUUCAAGAGAAAAAGCCAAUAAUCUUGGACAGCAUCCUGGAAAGACAGCCACUGAUCCUGGACGGCAUGACAGAGGAAACAAGCAGCCGCAACUACCAGACUACUAUAUGAAGGCACAGAUAACCCUGUGUGAGGGCACAAGUAUAUAUGAAUAUUAAUAUCCAGAGCACUGUGAAUUAUACAUUAUGUUGAAUAAUUGUAAUGAUUCUAUUAUAUUUGUUAAUGGCACUGUAUUUAAACUGUAUUAAAAGUGUAAAAGAACUGCA